UUCUGUGUUUCGUUUUUGUUUUGGCAACAUGACAAUAGCGGAUUGUUUGCUUGCAAUUAUGUCACACACACAGGACGAUCGACACUAUAAAAACCCUCGAUCAUUGUUCGAAGAACUCAAACAAGCAAGUGUCCUUGGACAGAACUAGUGUUAAUUAUCGAAUAGGAUCGUUAGGAGCAGAGCUAAACGGCAGAAUCAUGCAGAUCUUCGUGAAGAUGUUGACUGGCAAGACCAUUGCCGUGGACACUGAGCCAGAGGCCACGGUUGAAAGUGUUAAGAAACAGAUUGACGAGCGUGAGGAAAUCCCUCCGAACCAGCAACGAAUGAUCUUCGCUGGCAAGCAGCUGGAAGAUGGCCGUCAGCUACAGGAAUACAGCAUCAUCAAGGGCUCCACAAUUCAUUUGGUCCUGCGUCUCAAGGGUGGCAUGCAGAUUUUUGUGAAGAUGUUGACUGGCAAGACCAUUGCCGUGGACACUGAGCCUGAGGCAACAGUGGAAAGCGUCAAGAAACAGAUCGAUGAGCGUGAAGAAAUUCCCCCAAACCAACAGCGCAUGAUCUUCGCUGGCAAACAACUGGAAGAUGGUCGUCAGCUACAGGAAUACAGCAUCAUCAAGGGCUCCACAAUUCAUUUGGUCCUGCGUCUCAAGGGUGGCAUGCAGAUUUUUGUGAAGAUGUUGACUGGAAAGACCAUUGCUGUGGAUACUGAGCCUGAAGCAACAGUGGAAAGCGUCAAGAAACAGAUCGAUGAGCGAGAAGAAAUUCCCCCAAACCAACAGCGUAUGAUUUUUGCCGGCAAGCAACUGGAAGAUGGUCGUCAGCUACAGGAAUACAGUAUCAUCAAGGGUUCCACAAUUCAUUUGGUGCUGCGUCUCAAGGGUGGCAUGCAGAUUUUUGUGAAGAUGUUGACUGGCAAGACCAUUGCUGUGGACACAGAACCUGAGGCAACCGUUGAAAGCGUCAAGAAACAGAUCGACGAGCGUGAGGAAAUUCCGCCAAACCAACAGCGUAUGAUCUUCGCCGGUAAACAACUGGAAGAUGGCCGUCAGCUACAGGAAUACAGCAUCAUCAAGGGCUCUACUAUUCAUCUGGUUCUUCGACUGAAGGGAGGAUCGCAGCUAAACGUUGACUGA